CCGCCUUUGAUCGCUUUACAAUGGCGCACUGACAGCACUGUCCUCUUCUAGCGCACGCCGCGCGAGCUGCCGAGCUGCUCCGCAGAGCCUGCUGCUUAAUUGCCAGUUGCUUGCUGCACUCUCUAUCCAACUACUCGCGUGCCGGAGCAGCAAGGGGCGGCGACGAGGAGGAGGAGAUCAGCCAUGCAGCUCUUCUCGGGCCGGAGCAAGGGGCACAGGAGCGGUGGCGGAGAGGACAGCAAGUGCCAGGCCGCGGCGGCGCCGACGGCUGCUCGGCACAGGAGUGGCAGGUGCCGCGCGCUGUGCUGCGGCGCGUCGCGGCUGAGCGUGUCCUCGUCGGCGUCGUGCUCUUCCGCGGACGCGGCGCCGGAGCCGCUCCCCCUGCCGCCGCCGCAUCCGCACCCGCGCGGCCUGUCCAAGCUCGCGCACGGGAUGGUCCAGGCGCGGCUGCAGUCCAUGAUCGACGCCGGCUCGGACGAGGCCACGCGGCCGCCGGCCCCGGCCCCGGCGCCGCGCCGCGCGCCGGACGAGCUCGUCGCCGAGCGGCCCCGCCGCGGCCUGCCGCCCGCGUGGGCCCGCGGCGGCCGCUACGAGAAGAGCGCCGGCCGGGAGGCGGCGACGGGCGGGCGGGCGUGCGUGGUGCUGCUGGCGGAGGACCGGCGGACGCACGACCCGCGGGAGGAGUUCCGGCGGUCCAUCGCGGAGGUGAUCGCGGCGAAGCGGAUGGCCGAGCCCGCGGAGCUGCGGGCGCUGCUCAACUGCUACGUCUCGGUGAACGCGCGCGAGCACCGCGCCGCCAUCCUCCAGGCCUUCCACGAGGUCUGCUCGGCCCUCUUCUCCUGCAGGCAGUUGGGCCGCUGAACGAGCUCGAUCGCCUUGGUGGUGGUGAUUUGGCUGCAAAUUACUCUAUCUGGAGUAAAUGCAAGAGUGUAAUUAGCCAGUCGUCCUGUGAUUACCAAACGUCCAAACUGGGAUGUGCGACUAUUGUUGUAGAGUGUAAUAAGUGUGUCCUUCUACUACUUGUUUCCUCUUAAUAAAAUACGUGCUCAGAAAAAAAAAGUGUAUCCU